GAGUAAUGAUGAUCUCUACUUGUUUGUUUCUUUUGUUGGGUACAGAGAUUGUAAAGAGAGCUCAGGAAGUGAAGACUAGAGAGAUACACAUAAAAGGAGCAGGACAGGCUUGGAAAUGGCUUCAGUGGUGAAGGGUGUGGUGAAUGCUAUCAAAGAGAAAGGCGUUGGUGGCUUCUUGCGGGAGCUGAGAGGAGAAGGCUACUUGAAGUGCAUUUUGGAUGGGAACCUUUUGCAAACCAAAAUCCACAAUAUAGGGGCAACAGUUGUUGGGGUCGACAAAUUUGGCAACAAGUACUAUGAGAAGCUGGGAGAUACCCAAUAUGGGAGGCACCGUUGGGUUGAAUAUGCAGAGAAAGGUCGAUAUAAUGCUUCUCAGGUGCCACCAGAAUGGCAUGGUUGGCUUCAUUUUAUAACUGAUCAUACUGGAGAUGAGCUUUUGAUGCUGAGGCCAAAGAGGUAUGGCGUGGCUCACAGGGAGAAUCUCUCUGGAGAAGGUGAAGAUCAGAUUUACCACUCUAAAGGACAUGCACUCAAUCCGGGGCAGAAAAACUGGACUAGGUACCAGUCCUGGGAACCAGCAAAGAAAGAGUAAUAAUCUGAAGAUCCAGACUCGGGUAAAUUUGGAAAUCCUGAGUGUUGCAGUCCAAUUCCCAUCAAUAAGUGCAUUGGAACUUGUCUUGUUUGUCUGCAUUUGCAUAGCUCUAAAAAGACAUAGUUUUCAGACGUCAGCCCAUAUGAAUACAUAGUCAUGGUAUUAUGCUGGUUGAUGUGUGGUUCCUGUAAUAUCAGAAUGCUGUCGCAAUUGUUUCACCAGUGAAAGAUUUGGUAAGAAUGUGAAAUGCUCUUGUGUUUUCAUUGCCAACGGAAGUGCCUUAUAGCAUAUGAGCCCUUGAUAUGCUGCAUGCAUGCAUGCCAGAGCCAGAACAUGGAUCCUUUCUCAACAUCUAAAGUGCAAAUGGGUGGUGCCCAUUUCGCAUGUUCUCU